AUGACUGGGCUGCCUCUCCUGCUGCUGCUCUUCUGCCUCUCUCCUCCAACUGCUGCUAAGAGGAGGCAAACCAUAUGUGUGUUGAGGAAUUUGUUCAAGCCUUAUGGAAAAUGGAACUAUUACAGGCCUGGUGAUCUCAUUAUUGGUGGGAAUUUACCCCUGGGAACUCUUAUGUCCUCCAGUGUCCCACGUUUUCAGAAGGAACCAUUCCGGCUUCCUUUUAAAAUUUUACCCAUACUCAAGAAAUACCAGCAGUUCCUGGCCUUAGUGUUCGCAGUCACAGAGAUCAACAAAGAUUUGGUUCUCCUCCCCAACAUCAGCCUUGGCUUCCAGAUUUGUGACAAUGUUCGGAUGGAGAGGAAGAUUUCUUUAAUCAGCCUCUCCUUUCUCUCCACACGAGGCCAAAUGGUUCCAGGUUACAAAUGUGACAGGCAGGACAAUCUGCUCUCUGUCAUUGGAGGUGAUAAUCCCAAAUCCUCAAGGCAGAUGGCCUCCAUCUUCAACAUCUACAAGGUCCCACAACUCGGUGUUGGCUUUGAGUUCCCUCAGGAAUACAAACCAGUUUAUCCUUCCUUCUUCCGGAUUAAUCCCAGUGACUUUCCUGAAUGUGUGGGUUUAGUCCAGCUGCUCCUGCAUUUCCAGUGGAACUGGGUUGGCCUUGUGACUUCUGAAGAUGACAGUGGAGAACAUUUCAUCUCAUCUCUGAUGCCAAUGCUGAAGGAGAAGGAGAUCUGCCUGGCCUUCAAUGAAAACACUACGUUCAAGAAUUACCAGCUGUUCCUGGCCUUGGUCUAUGCAGUCACAGAGAUCAACAAGGAUGUUACUCUCCUUCCCAACAUCACACUUGGCUUCCAUAUUUAUGACAAUAAGGACACUGUUGUGAGAAUUUCCUGGAACAGCCUCUCUCUUCUCUCGACCCGAGGCCAAAUGGUUCCAGAUUACAAAUGUGACAAGCAGGACACUCUGCUCUCUGUCAUUGGCGGUCUCAACUCCCAGUAUUCAAGGCAGAUGGCCUCCAUCUUCAGCACCUUCAAGAUUCCACAGCUCGGUUUUGACUUCCUCAAGUUCACUCAGGAAGACAGAAUUGUUUUUCCUUCCUUUUUCCGAAUUAGCCCCAAUGAAUUUCUUCAAUAUAGUGGUUUAGUCCAGCUGCUCCUGUAUUUCCAGUGGAACUGGGUUGGGCUUAUUGCCCCUGAAGGUGACAGUGGAGAACGUUUCAUCUCAUCUCUGAGUCCAUUGCUGGAGGAGAAGGAGAUCUGCCUGGCCUUCAGUCAGCUGUUGGAAUAUGAAUCUUACGGUUUUGCAAUGUCAAAAUAUAGUUCUUUAAUUAAAAGAUGGUUUAGAGCUGAAGUGAUCAUUCUGCUUGGAGAAUACAAGUGUAUGGUAACUCUAUAUCUCUCUCUGCAUUUGUUUGAAAUAUGGACGAAAAUUGCAUUUAGAAAGGUUUGGAUCCUGACUUCCCAUUGGGAAAUUAGUAUGUAUCACAAGACUUUGGAAUUUAAAAAGCCCUUCCACGGUGCUUUGCAUUUCAUGGAUCAUAGCCAUGAUGUCCCAGAAUUCCAGCACUUCCUUUUGUCUUUAGACCCCUUGAACCCAAAAGGAGAUAUCUUUCUCCCUCCAUGGUGGGAAGAUGUCUUUGACUGCAAGAUCCACAAACCAGGAGUGAUCCUUCAAAAGGAGGAAAAACAAUGCACAGGAAAGGAAAAUGUACAGAAUCUGCCAUCUUACAUAUUUGAAACUAGCAUGACAGGUGAAAGUUACAAUAUCUACAAUGCCAUUUAUGUCGUGGCACACGCUUUGCAUGCGAUGUAUGGAGCACGACCAACCAUGCUCCUUGCCUAUUUGAAGAACAUCCGGUUCAACAAUAGUGUUGGAAAUGAAAUCUUUUUCUCAGAAGAUGGACUAGGAUCAGCUCAGUAUGAUCUUCUCAACUGGAUUUUUCUCCCCAAUUGGUCUUUUGUCUCCAUGAAAGUUGGGCAAAUAGAUUCUGGAGCUCCUCCAGGCCAGGAUUUCACCAUCAACUCCAAUGCAAUCAUCUGGUCCGGAAAGGAGUCACAUCUGAGAUAUGAGGCAGGAAAGAUAAUUCUCACUGUGGAAGCCCCUGAAAUCCUUAGACAAAGGUUCUUGAUUUCAGAUGCAGCUCACUGUGACCCCUGUCCAGAAGACCAAUACCCAAACAUGGACAAGGACCACUGCAUUGCCAAGAAGAUCCACUUCCUUUCCUAUCAAGACACCCUGGGAUAUGCUUUAAGUUCUCUCACACUUUCUCUUUCCAUUACCACCUUGGGAGUCCUGGCAAUUUUCCUUAAAUAUCGUGACACACCGAUCGUCAAGGCCAACAACCGAGAUCUCACUUACCUCCUCCUGGUCUCCCUCCUGCUCUGCUUCCUCUGCUCCUUCCUUUUCAUUGGUCAACCGAGGAAGCUCACCUGUCUCUUCCGACAAACUGCCUUUGCCAUUCUCUUUUCUCUUGCAGUUUCCUCUGUCUUGGCAAAAACUGUCAUGGUGGUUCUGGCUUUCAUGGCUACCAAGCCAGGGAACAAGACCAGGAAAUUCUUAGGAAAAUCACUGACCAAUUGCAUUGUUGUAUCCUGUCCUCUUGUCCAAGUAGUUCUUUGUGCCAUCUGGUUGAUAAACUCUCCCCCAUUUCCUAACUUGGAUUUCCACACCUUGAUAGGAGAGGCCAUCUUGGAAUGUAAUGAAGGCUCAGCUUCCAUGUUUUACACUGUCCUGGCCUACCUGGGUUUUCUGGCCCUGGUGAGUUUUAUCAUGGCCUUUUUGGCUAGGAAGCUGCCCGACAGCUUUAAUGAAGCCAAGUUCAUUACUUUUAGCAUGCUGGUCUUUUGCAGCGUUUGGAUCUCCUUCCUCCCCACCUACCUGAGCACCAAAGGGAAGUCCAUGGUGGCUGUGGAGAUCUUCUCCAUCUUGGCCUCUGGGGCUGGUCUCUUGGCUUGUAUCUUUUUCCCCAAAUGCUUCAUUAUUCUUCUGAGGCCCCAUCUGAAUUGUAAAGAAAAUAUGAUAAGAAACAAGAAUCUCUAA